UCCAAGGAUGGCCGCUGCUGCUGCUGCGGGUAUAAACAAGCCAGGGGCCGCCGCAGCAAUGGAAUCGGGUCCCCGAUAUAGUAGGGGCACCGCGGGGAACACAGUAAAGGUUCUAGAGUGUGGAGUCUGUGAAGACGUUUUUUCGCUCCAGGGGGAGAAGGUUCCGCGACUGCUGCUUUGUGGUCACACUGUCUGUCAUGAUUGCCUGACGCGGCUACCGUUGCAUGGCAGGGCCGUGCGCUGCCCCUUCGACAGACAGGUCACAGAGCUGGGAGAUUCAGGUGUUUGGGGUCUGAAGAAGAAUUUUGCUUUGUUGGAGCUUUUGGAGAGGUUGCAAAAUGGAGCCUCAAACCAGUCCGGUAUUACUGAGGAUGCGCUCAAGGAGAUGGGUGAGCGCAUCAUCCGCUGCGACGAGGACGAGAGCCACACAGCGUCCAUGUACUGCACAGUGUGUGCCACGCACCUGUGCGCCGAGUGCUCUCUGCUCACACACUCCACGCGCACGCUGGCCAAACACCGGCGCGUGCCGCUGGAGGACAAGCCCCACGAACGCACGCUCUGCCCGCAGCACCAGGUGCACGCCAUCGAGUUCGUCUGCCUGGAGGACGGCUGCCUGCCGGGACCCCUCAUGUGCUGUGUCUGCAAGGAGUACGGCAAGCACCAGGGACAUAAGCAUGCAGUGUUGGAGGCUGAGGCUAACCAGAUCCGUGCUUCCAUCCUGGACAUGGCACACUGCAUCCGCACCUUCACGGAGGAGGUGUCCGAGUACUCCCGCAAGCUGGCCGGCAUUGUCCAGCAGAUAGAGGGGGGUGAGCAGGUGGUGGAGGACAGCAUUGGCAUGUCUCACACAGAACAUUCAUACAAUCACUUGCAUGUGGUUUCCUGUCAGGUUCCUGGCACGGCAGAGAGUGCUCGCUCGUGUGUGCGGGCAUACUUCGCCGAGCUGCACGAGACCCUGUGUCGGCAGGAGGAGAUGGCUCUGAGUGUGGUGGACGCUCACGUGCGUGAGCGCCUCAUCUGGCUCCGGCAGCAGCAGGAGGACAUGACCAUCCUCCUGUCUCAGGUGUCCACAGCAUGCCUGCACUGUGAGAAAACCCUGCAGCAGGAUGAUUGCAGGGUGGUGUUGGCAAAGCAGGAAAUAAAUCGGCUACUGGAGACCUUACAGAAACAGCAGCAGCAGUUCACCGAGUUGGCCGACCAUAUCCAGCUAGACGCAGGCAUUCCUGUUACCUUUACUAAGGACAACCGUGUGCACAUUGGGCCAAAGAUGGAGAUCCGUGUGGUCACUCUGGGCCUGGAUGGUGCUGGGAAGACCACCAUUCUCUUCAAGUUGAAGCACGAUGAGUUCAUGCAACCCAUUCCCACCAUAGGUUUUAACGUGGAAACAGUGGAGUACAAAAACCUCAAGUUCACCAUUUGGGAUGUAGGGGGGAAGCACAAACUUCGCCCCCUGUGGAAGCACUACUAUCUGAACACCCAAGCGGUGGUGUUUGUUAUCGACAGCUGUCACAGAGAUAGGCUGAUGGAGUCCCAUAGUGAGCUGGCCAAGCUGCUUACAGAGAAGGAACUGCGAGAUGCACUACUGCUCAUCUUUGCCAACAAACAGGAUGUGGCAGGCGCCGUGUCUGUGGAGGAGAUGACUGAGCUGCUGAGUUUACACAAACUGUGCUGCGGCCGCAGCUGGCACAUCCAGGGCUGCGACGCGCGCAGCGGCCUCGGCCUCCACGAGGGUCUCGACUGGCUCUCCAGGCAGCUGGUGGCAGCCGGUGUGCUGGACGUCGCCUGAGGACAGACCCUUUUGACCUGACUUCAGACUACCCCCCCCCCCCCCCCCCUUUACUUGUAGUGAUAUCCACAACCAUCCAAUAGCCAUGAGAAAUCAUCCAGCAUUCACACAAUCCCAGUAGACGCCUUCACUUCCUGUAAGCAUCACAAGACCGUCAACCCUCCUCACUCAUCCUCAUCCUCCACUGUUAGUCACUUAAUAUUACUCACCAUUCCAAGAAAAAAAGUAAGAAAAAAAAAAUCACACCAAAUCCAUCCUCUCCAAACACCUGAGAGUGUUUCUCCAAUCCAAUGCAAUUCCGGUGAUCUGCCUGAGAAACUGUAAAUGUUGAAUGAUGGCAGUUACGAUGCUCCCGGUCUUUUGAAGCUUCCUCAUCAUCUUAUUCAGUAGAGCUCUCCGAGUAGAUUUGGAUGUCGUUAUAUACAGCCCCAACUCUACUGACCCAACCCAGGCCUGGUCGGGAGGCUGAGGACAGAGGAAGGAACCAAACUGGCCUGCCAUCGUGGUUCUUCUCAGCCAAAUCUCCAGUGCCCACAACAUGUCGCCCUCCACUGGAUCUAUUGAACUUUGUGCUUGGCUAGUGCUUACUCCUCAUUAUGAUGUUGCUGGAUGUGUGCACAUGAAGCUGCCCUGUUAGCUCCGCCUUCGACCCGUCUACAUGGAGAAGAGUAAUUAUUCACGUCCCUCGUGUCCUUUUUAAAAUGUGAACGUCAUGAGGUUUAACUGCUGGGCUGUUUUAUUGUUGCUAUUCCUCUGUGUAUAGUAGUAACUUUGGCUAUACGCUGCUACUGCUAGUCUUACAUUAGUUGGUUACUCUCCCAGCCCUUCAAGAUAUGGCAUAAAUACACUUAUUGCUCAUCCAGCUAUCAAUACGGUCAUAAACAGACAUUUUUGUGUCGGUUCUGUGUAUUACAGCAUAACCAGUUGUCUCUACUAAGUAUAAAACCUCGUAGUUCAGCUCUGUAAUUCAGUGUUGACCAGAAUCCAGCACUUUGUUGUACCUUUAUCAUAGCUUAGCCGCUGAGCUGUUGGCAUCUGUGUAGUGUUAUGGCUGUGCUUAAGACGAGGGUCUGAUGUGUCAGAUCAGUAGAUCUCAAAGCAAUUUCAGUGGGCGGACAGGUCCGACCACAUUAAAUGAAUACGCAGUCUGUGAAAAUCAGACUAGGCAAAUGUUUCUCAUUCUACUAUGAUUGACUCUUAAGAUUGAUUGAUUAUGAAAGUGUUACUUAUGUCUUGGAUUAAUGACCUAUUAAUGAAUUAAUGUGAAUUCCUAAGGCCUGUUAUUCAAAGUGGUUGUCUUCAGAUAAUCGUUGACUUCUCCGUGCCUCAAACGUCCAGCUUGAGACAAGCUGGAGAAGCACCUGUCUGCUCCUCAUUGCCAAAUCAGCAGCAUAACCUCUGUCUGAGCAAUGAACAAAGAGCUACAUGUAACACCCUCCAUAUUUAAGGUCUUUGUAAUAUUUUUAUUAAUAUUAUUGAAUUUUUAAGUUGAACACCUUUAGCGGGUGCAGGUUACUAUUCCCUUGCAAUGUGUUAGUUGAAUUAAUGGGUUUGUUACAAAGAUGCAGGUUACUGAAAAUGCUAUUUAUGUUGUUCUGUAUGUACUAAGUUGUUGUGGUACAUAUGGGUGUGAUGUAUGCAGCUGUGGGAGGAAGUAACUGCAGAUGUUGGGUCAAUUCACCUGUAGGUUCUCCUUAAUCUAGUCAUAUGGAGAGGAUACAAAUCUGAGCAGAUAUGGCCAGUUUCCCAUUUUUUUUUCCUCAGUCAAAUACUAGGCUUAAUCCAUAUUUGGGAAUCUCGCCCUUAAUCUCCUCUGCGCUGAUUUUGUUAGUGUGUCCUGAAAACAUAGCAAUGCCUGUGACGCAUACCCCACUCCGCUGUGGGGAGACUUAUCCUCUCAUUCUCUCUUGGCUGUGCGAUGUGUAGGUCAUGAGCAUGUGUGAAAAUAGACUCUAAAAUCUCAGCCCCCAGCCCCAUACAGUUUGGCCAAUCUGAUUUCUUUCCUCACACGAGUUCUGGGAACUUGUGAAGCACAGCACACAUCAACACAUUUGUAACUUGUGAACUUUGAUGGCUUUUGUAUGACUUCAUAAGUUGUGUAAUGCUAUUAAAAAAACUAGCUCAUG